CAACUGGCUUAACCCCACACCAUGCUUUUUUCCUCCUACUUAUAAGGAGCUCCUCCUUCUCUUAGCUAACCAAAUCAACUCCUUUUUCUCAAGUCAUACAUACAUCUUCCUUCUUUUUCUCCCUCCCAAGAAACCAGAGAUCCAUUUAAAAGGCUCUUUUCAAUCUUCUACGUACCCCCGAUAUACAUACUUAUUUGUGAAAUGGCUUCCAGUUCCACGAGCUCUAACGCUACUUGGACACGUAAGGAGAAUAAACUGUUUGAAAGGGCACUGGCUAAAUAUGACCAAGACACUCCUGACCGUUGGCAUAACGUUGCCAGAGCAGUAGGUAGUAAAUCAGCUGAAGAAGUAAGGCGACACUAUGAGCUCCUCAUUAGGGAUGUCAAUGACAUUGAUUCAGGGCGUUAUCCGGAUCCCAAUUACCAGUCAAAUGGAUACAACCACUGAAAGUAUGUAAGGAACUCUAAAAGGGUCUUCUGAAGUCGACAAAGAUAUUUUAUCAAAGCAAAGAUAUUUAAAAUGUUAUUUACUUAUUUUGGUGUUACGAUUAUAUGUAAGAAUCCUCUACUUCCGUGCUAAUCUAAAUCAAUCAGUGUGCGUUUCAUGUAA